AUGUCUUUUGAAACGGCGAAUAGAAAGCCUCAAGUUGUAGCUUUUGGUGUUAUAAACGCCACCCGUUUUGACAACCGAAAGGACCAACCAGCCAUUAACAACAUUUUACAUUAUUCACAAUAUUGUUCUCAACAUAAUCAAAUUGCUACCGUUUUGUUGGAACCUUUUACCAUCAAACAGUUAAGCCGUUCAAAGGUAAAUUAA